UCUGUGUUUGACGUCUGUCUUAUUAAAUUUUAUUAAAUAAUAGAGUAUUAUUAGUCGUAAGUGGUUUAAAAUAAUCAUAUCUGAAGUGUUGUUUAGUUUAUUGAAGGUGUGUACAAAGACGUAAAAUGUUUCAAGUACCAAAGCAUAUUUUAAAAUAUCGAUUAAAUUAUAACCUAUUUCGGCAAAUGCAUUUACUAAACAGUAAAGCCUACGUUAAUGGAGAAUGGGUAGAUUCCACAUCCAAUGAAUACUUUGAAGUUAAGAAUCCAGCCGACUUGUCGGUGGUUGGAAGAGUGCCUGACAUGUCUGUUAAAGAUGUACAAUUAGCUAUUGACUCAGCAGCCGAAGCAUUUAACAAGUGGAAAACUACAACAGCCAAGGAAAGAUCUCAGUUGUUAAGACGUUGGUAUGAUUUGAUGGUUGAACAUCAGAAAGAAAUUGCCGAAAUUAUCACGGCUGAGGCGGGAAAGCCUAUAUCUGAAUCUGUGGGUGAGGUUGUUUAUGGUAAUUCAUUUGUAGAAUGGUUUUCUCAGCAAUCCAGGAAUUUAAGAGGUGAUAUUGUACCAAGUCCAGUACGUUCCAAAAAAAUUUUGGUAGAACAUCAUCCAAUUGGAGUGGUUGGACUGAUAACUCCUUGGAAUUUUCCACAUGCAAUGAUAACCAGAAAAGCCUCAGCUGCAUUGUCUGUUGGUUGCACUUGUGUUAUUAAACCAGCAGAAGAUACACCUUUUACAGCUCUUGCAAUUGCAAAACUGGCUGAGGAGGCAGGUAUUCCAAAAGGGGUUAUAAAUGUUGUUACCAGUAGCAGGGAUAAAGCACCUGAGGUUGGAAAAUUACUAUGUGAAAGUCCAAAGGUUGCAGGAAUAUCAUUUACUGGGUCUACACAGGUUGGAAAAAUUUUAUACCAACAGUGUGCAAUUGGUAUUAAAAGAAUUGGUUUGGAAUUGGGGGGAAAUGCCCCAUUUAUAGUAUAUAACUCAGCAAACAUAGAUAAAGCUGUUGAAGGUGCAUUAAAUGCUAAAUUUAGAAACUGUGGUCAAGCCUGUGUGGCUGCUAAUAGAUUUUUAAUUCAAGAAGAUAUUCAUGAUGAGUUUGUGGAUAAAUUAAUUAAGGAAAUUAAAAAGUUAAAAGUUGGUAAUGGUACUAACCCUGAUGUUAAUUUGGGUCCCUUAAUAAAUGAACCACAACUUGAAAAAGUCAAUGGUUUUGUGGAGGAUGCAGUUUCAAAAGGGGCUUCAGUUGUGGUAGGUGGUAAACAUGCAAAUCACUUAGGUGCUUUAUUUUAUGAGCCCACUGUAAUCAGUAACAUUAAAGAAAACAUGUUACUUUAUAAUGAUGAAGUUUUUGGACCAGUUGUGACCAUUAUUAAAUUUAAAACUGAAGAAGAAAGCUUGAAAAUUGCUAAUAGCACAGACAGGGGUCUUGCUGGAUACUUCUACUCCCAAGAUAUUUCACAAAUAUUUAGAGUUAGCAAUUUAAUGGAAGUGGGCAUGGUUGGAGUAAAUGAAGGUAUGAUAUCAACUACAGAAGCUCCAUUUGGAGGUGUCAAAGAAUCUGGAAUUGGCAGAGAAGGAUCUCAUUUAGGCACUGAAGAUUAUACUUAUGUAAAGUACACUUGCAUAGGUAAUUUAAAUUGAUCAAAAAUUGUUUAAAUUCAAAAAAGUGGAUAUUAAAUUGAAAACUUUUUAUCAUUUUUCCUAAAAUUUGUUUAAAGUUCCUACAUAUAUUGUUGUGUAUAUUUAGGCUUAGGACUUGUUUUUAUUGACAUUAUGUUAAUUUGCUUAUAAAGCAGUGAAUUUUAAAACGUGUUUGUAAUUUUAGUCCAAAUAGUGUUAUGAAGCUAUUUAACAUUCCCAUUUAGAAGGUCAGUUAUUCGGACGUGAUGUGUUAGAAUAAAAUUGUCUUCCAACAAUGUCUUCCAUUAUUAUAUCAUAACGUAUUAUAAAUUGUUAAGCACAGAGAAAAUAAAUAUAUGCAUAGCAUGUUA